UUUCGUAACCGCGUCCAACAUUUUGAGAUUACAUAUAAAAUCCUAAUUCCUCUCUCCAGCCAUCUCUCUCUCUCUCUCUUUCAACGUUCUGGGUUUUCUCUACACGCCUAUCCGCGGACGCCAUUUUCUUUUCUUUACCCACGCUAUUUCGGAAGGUUUUCUAGAGUUUUUGGAAGUAAGUACAUGGAGAAUACAGAAAAUAUUUGUAUGGAUUUAAUCCCAAUCCAAGCCAAAUCAAACACCAUCCCACUGCCACCUCCAUUGCCUAAAUCUGCAAUCACUAAUCGUUUUCAAAAGAGUCCGUUUUCAAGGGAAUCUUUGGAAAGGGGAUAUAGCUGCGUCUCCACUGCGACAAGAGACCUCUGGGACGGCCUCUUUGACGAAGCCUAUGGAGCUGAUGUUUAUAUUCAUACGGAUCAUGGUGGCAUUAUAUAUGCCCAUGCUUAUAUCCUUGGUAUGGCUUCUCCUGUGCUAAAAGGCAUGUUUAAGCAAUCCAAAAAGUCUGGCAGGAAACGUUCAAUAUCGAUCCAUGGAGUUCCACCUGAUGCUGUUAAAGUAUUCAUUAGAUAUCUGUACUCUUGCAGAUACGAGAAAGAAGAAAUGGAGGAAUUUGUUUUGCCUCUGCUGAUGCUGUCACAUGUAUAUGUGGUUCCCCAGUUGAAGAGGGAGUGCGAGAGGCAACUGGGUCGCGGCUUGUUGACACUUGAAAACGUAGUUGAUGUUUUUCAACUUGCAUUACUGUGUGAUGCUCCCCGUCUCAGCCUUCUUUGCCAUCGUAUGAUCCUAAAGAACUUCAAAGCUGUUUCUUCAUCCGAAGCAUGGCAAGCAAUGCAGCAAAGCCACCCAGUACUCGAAAAAGAGCUUCUUGGAUCAGUGAUCGACGAAGACAAUAGGCAAAAGAAAAGAGUGAAGAAAAUGAAUGAAAGGAAGAUCUAUUUGGAACUAUUUGAAGCAAUGGAGACUCUUGUUCAUAUAUGCAGAGAUGGUUGUCGCACAAUCGGCCCACACGACAAAGAUUUCAAGGUGAACCAGCCGCCGUGUAAAUAUGCAGCAUGCAAGGGGCUGGAAUUGCUUAUCCGCCACUUUGCAGGCUGCAAAUUAAGAGCCCCUGGUGGUUGUACCCAAUGCAAGAGAAUGUGGCAACUCUUGGAGUUGCACUCUCAUCUUUGUGCUGAUUCUAAUCUCUGUAGAGUUCCUAUGUGCAGGAAUUUCAAGGACAGAAGUAAGAAACAGGGCAGGAAAGAUGAAAUGAAAUGGAAAUUGUUAGUAAAAAAGAUUCUAAGGACGAAAGGAGUAGCAAGAACACCAUUUUUUUUGACGACAGAAACUAUAUAAUGAGAGCCUGCAUUUUUUUUUGUAUAAUCAAAUUCAAUCUGUAAAUUUUUUGUUCUCUUGAUUGCUCAAUUUGUAUUCUUUGUGUACAUCACAGAUCAAGAAAUGAAAUCAAAAUUUUCUUCAUAAAACUAA